UUAUUAAUAUUAUUGUUUUCUUCUAUUACGUAAAAAACCCCAAACAAUAUUACAAUUUCCCAUAUUUAACAAAUUAAAAAAAAAUUCUGCGAGCUGUUAUCUGUUAUUCAAUGCAAUUGCGUACUUGAUUCUGCCCUUUUAAGUUCUGUUACUUCUUAGCUAUGUGAUUAGUUCCUGUACCUCCAUGAUUAUUUAUUUCAUUUGCAGUUUGAUGGAAUAACUGUUUCUGAAAUAUGGAUAUUAGGGUUCAAUACCAUAUUAUUACCCCGCUUUUUGGUACUAUACACAUCAAAUGAGAUUUUGACUGAAGAAAGAAACCUCACAUUGGGUGAACUUUUAAUGGAUUAUUUUCUUUUAAUCUUGCUUCAUAUAGUUGUAAUUUGGAAAGGAUGGUGAAAUUAUUGAACAAUUAUUGAAGUUGUGGCAUUGGUAAGAUUGGAGAAACAAAAACAAUUAUUGAACAAAGACUGCAGGUGACACAAUGGAAGAAAAAACAGAGGGCAUGAAUACUCAGGAAAAUAACCUUGCUGGCUUUAUCUUCAUGUGCAAUCAAACGACAAAGCCGGAGUGUUACCGGUUUCGAGUUUUUGGGCUUCCUGUGGGGAGAAAGGAAGUUGUAGAGAAGAUAAAACCUGGUGCUUACCUCUUUCUGUUUGACACUAAUCUGAAGCUUCUCUAUGGAACAUAUACAGCCACCUCAAGUGGGAGGUUGAGGAUACAACCAUUAGCUUUCGGUCAGAAAUUCCCUGCUCAGGUGAGUUUCAAAAUUGACACGGACUGUAUACCCUUGCCUGAGAAUGUCUUUAAACAUGCCAUCAAAGAUAAUUACCAGAAUGAUUCCAGAAAAUUUAAUCCUGAACUCAAUAUUACACAAGUAAGAAGUCUAUUAUCAUUGUUUCGGCCAUUACCCGGAUUUUCAACUCCACCGAUGCAUCCUGUUUUGGAGACAUCUUCUCAUCCUCCAGCAAAUAAUGCUGUUAUAUCGAGGUCCUCUCUUGAGGAGACAAUAAUGUCUAAGAUUUCACAUAAACAUAAUCAAGUACCAAGGCAGUUGAACCAUGAACAUGUAAAUGAAGUCAAGCAGCCUACAAGUUAUUCCUAUCCUGUCAUUAGUAUAGUGCCAAACUCAGUUGCAGCAGAGUCUGUGCCGUGCCAAGCUUUAGUGAAUCAGAUUUUGCCUCCAACGAGUUCGCUCCCUUUGGAGGGUACAUAUGCCACUGGCAUUGGUAGUGGCUCUAUUUCACCACUUCCAGAUCAUCAAUAUACACAUCCGAAUAUUCAGCCUGCGAAAGCUGAAUUAAAUUCAUCCCAGGUGAAUAGCAGCAAUGGUUAUGCUCAGUCUUGGCAAGAUCCUCAACAUGUAUAUCAUAAUAUCCAGCAUCCACACCCUGAAUUUCAUUCGUCUGCCAUGACUAUGGGUAGUAGUCAGGCUUAUUCGGCCCAAGGUCCUCAAUAUCUGCAUUACAGUAACCCACAGCCGCCUCCUGAUUUUCAUUCCCAAGCGGCGAAUGCAGGCAAUGGUCAUGCUACUCAAGUGAUGUGGGACCCUCGCUAUGCACAACAGAAUGUCCCAACCCCCCAAACUGCUGAUCCAUAUUUGACCGCGGUGAAUAUGAACAGCGGUUAUCCUCAACAGACAUAUCAGUCUGAUUUCAGUUCUUCUGCGGUGAACACAGACCAUGCAAAUGUCAUGAUGCAGUCGAAUCCUUCAUCAUCAUAUUAUUAUCCUUACAUUUCUCAAGCAGUUGCCUCUGCCCCAUAUCAAGGGUCUUGGCCAAUGCAAGUGCCAGUAUCAGGUGAUCAACAAAUUGGCAUGGGAAAUCAGUACUAUGCUUAUCAGCCAUCCAUGCAGACACACAACAAUAUUGCUUCUACACAAACACAAGAGAAUGGUGUUAGCCAUAACAUGUAUUCAACAUAUUCAUAUAUUCCUAAUGCUCAAUCAAAUGUCCAAAUGUGAGUGUGAUCUAUCUUGAUCUGCCAUUUUGAUGUGUUCCAUUUCUUGCUAUAUGUAUAUACAUAACAUAUGGGGCCAUAUGUACCUACUAUACAAUCUGGCUUUUACUUUCAAACCUUAUAGCAUGUUUGGUUUGGGGAGAAAUUUUCAUAGAUGAGUUUGAUGUAUAAAGUUAAUAGAAGGCUUACUUGAGAAAAA